AAAAAAAAAGAGGCGAUUCCAGGACUACGGCGGCAUGGACUUUCAGACCUGGACGCCUAUGUAGGUAGAGCUCCUCCACGGCUAUUUGCAACACAACAAGCUAGUACUAGAACACAAGAGCGUCUGGCAAGUAGCACUGCAGCAAACAGCUGAAAGCGCCAAGCCAAGCGACCAUGAAGAGCAGCACGCUCCUGGUGCUCCUGUGCCUGCAGGCCGCCCUGGUCAUGGGGAUCUUCGCAGCCGUGGCAAAAGAAAAUGCCGUGGGCGAGAGCAAGGCGAUCGACAUCAACCCGGGUCAGCUCAAGUGCUGCGCCAACUGCAACUUCUCCUUCUCGGGGCUCUACACCUGCGACGACGUCAAGAAGGACUGCGACCCCGUCUGCAAGAAGUGCGUCGCCGUCAUGGCCUACUCCGGCAACAAGUUCAAGUGCACCGACACCUUCCUCGGAAUCUGCGGACCCAAGUGCUAGCUAGAUGAGAGAGCAUCCCAGCAUGGGCUGGGAUUUGGCUUGGGACACUCCCUUCCUAUCUAGCGACAUGACCGAGGCCAUGCGGUCCAGGCCGUGCUUGUUUCUCGACGAUGCACGCGAACAAUAAGCCGUUGUUU